AUGAGGGUUUGUUAUUUAACGAUUCUUGGCGCUGUGUGCUUGGUGUUGAUGUUCCCAGUUGGAAAAGGGUAAGAUAUAAAAACAAAACAAAACUGUAUACCAUGAGGUUACUUUAGUAUUAAAAGUACUUUAGUUUUAGCAGGGGCUUUUUCAGUUGGGGAGCCAUCCCACGUUUUAAAAUCUUGAUUCUGGUUAGCUCCCCAAAUUUCACAGUUAUAGGAUAGUAUAGGGGUGGUCAUGGUGUCGAAUAUUUUACAAGCCAAGGAAGGUUUUAAUCUCAAGUGUUCGAGAGACACAUUACAAUUACCAGUUGAGGAGGUUCGGGUUCCUAAAUGUGUGGUUUCGUGUACAAUAUCAAUGGUCUGGUUCCCUAUGUAGAAUUCUAAGUCUAACUUUUUCUUUACGCGUUUUUGAAAGAUCAUAAUUUUGGUCUUUUUACAAUUGAUAUCUAACGUCCAAGAACAUCUAAAAGAACACAAGGUGUUUAGACAAUUUUGCAAACCUACUUUAGAUCGGGAUAAAAUAAUCAGGCCAUCAGCGUAUAAAACAGAAUUUAAAAUUUGGUACCGUUUAGUAGAAUGAUGGGAUCUGAUAAAGUAUUUUGAAAUGGAUAUGGUUAGUCGUUAAUAUAUAAUAAGUUUGAAAAGCAAGGGGCUUAAGAUGCAACCCUGGCGUACACCUCUCAAGUAAUGGAAGGAUCUGGUUUGACUCCUACCAAUUUUUAGGGUGCAUGAGGAGUUUGAAUAUAGGUUCUGUAUUAGCUUAUAGAAAUAUCCUCCUACACCGAUUUGCAGUAAUUUAUGUAUAAAGAGUUCUUCAUGCCAGACGGAGUCAAAGGCCCUUUUGAAAUCAGCAAAACAAGCGUAUAUUUUUUGACGAGGACCAUCCACGUACUUGUCUACAAGAGUUCGUAAGGUUAGGACAUGAUCUGAUGUUCGAUUUUUCUGAUAAGAAACCGAUUUGAGAUUUAUGAAGUACGUUCAGCAAAACGACAUGUCCAAACAGUCUUUGAAAGAAAUUCAGGACUUUAAAACUUCAGGCUUCUUACGCAAUUGCAUGAGUUGCGUUCACAACUGCGAGGAUUAUUCUUCAUUUGAGUGUUUAGAAUAUUUGUUGCUUCCGUGGUGUUCUGUUAUUGUUAUUCAAAAGGUAAAAUUCGGAAUUUUUGAGAAGUUUGAAUAUCAAAGGAGUUUUAAAACGUUUCAAAAUAAAAGUACUGACUAAAGGCGCUUCCCAUUCAACCCAAAAUUCCGACGAAAUCAAAUGCAACGGACAAUUGCAGUUCAGUUAGUGCAAGACCGGUCUGGACAUUUCGGACCGACCGACCGAAAUGUCCCUUUCCUUUUUACAAAACUCUUGUCCCCAGUAUCGUAUUUGUAUCCUGCUUACAAGAGCAAUAACCAAACGCGCGGUGGUGGUUUGGGUCGGAUCUGUACAACCGGGAUGUUCCGUUCCAUUAAGCUCAUGGAAUUUCCGAAAUUUCAACUGACCGGAAUUUUUGUUGAAUCGAAAGCGCCCUAAAGCUUAAAUGUUAUGUUUGGUUUUCUUAGGCAACACAAGUUAAACAGAGACUUGAGCGCUGAUCAUCCCCGAGAUAUGGACGCUGAUUUUCCUCGGGUUAUGGACGCUGCCCAGUAUCCCCAUGAUAUGGACGCCGCCCAUUAUCCCCAUGAUAUGGACACUGCCCAGUAUGCCCAUGAUAUGGACGCUGCCCAAUAUAUCCAUGAUAUGGACGCUGCCCAGUAUCUCCAUGAUAUGGACGCUGCCCAAUAUGCCCAUGAUAUGGACGCCGCCCAGUAUCCCCAUGAUAUGCCCCGAGACACGAAUGCACGGCAGUUUGGAGGUGUAAAUGUUGGUGUUGGAGACAAAGACAACGGUGUAAAUGUCGGCGUAGAUAAGGAAGGAGGUGUCGAUGUUGGCGUUGGAGUCGGAGGCAAGAAAGUUGGUGUUGGCGUG